CAGCCAGGAAGUGGUACAUUUUAGUUUCUCCUACUGGCUCAAGUGUUCAAGCAAAGAUACUCUAUACUCUGGUUCAAGGAUCACUUUAGUUCCUCUUCUGUGGAUUUGUAGUUAAAGUCUGCGAUUUUUUCCUCACCCAAUUCAUCUGAAUCAAAGCGAUGGCCCCUUGCGAGGAAGUAAAUGUGCGCGGGUACGAUGAGUUCUGCAAGGCUGUGUCUGAGAGGAAAGACAAGACAAUCUUUGCCUAUUUUUCAGGUGAUAAAGACGCUGCAGGAAAGAGCUGGUGUCCCGACUGUGUCAAAGCUGAACCCGUUGUAAGAGGAGAAUUGACUCAUAUUUCCGACGAGUCUGUCUUCAUCUACUGCCAAGUUGGAGAACGAGCUUACUGGAAAGACCCAAAUAAUGACUUCAAGAAGACGCUGAAGUUGACCGGAGUUCCCACCCUGCUGAAAUAUAACACACCUCAGAAGCUGGUUGAGGAGCAGUGCCUUAAAGCAGAUCUGGUGAGGAUGAUGUUCACUGAAGAUUGAAGGAUCUGCUGAUCUUCAAAGCACUGAGAGUCCAGCAUUUCCUCUCUGAUUACGAAUUACUCAGAUUUUAUACAGAUACAUUUCAGCACAUGUUUACGGAUUGAACAAUAAGGAAGUCUUUAAACCACAAUUCCAUAGUGGAAUAUCUUUAGAAAAGGAAACAUUCUCCUGUUCUCUAAUUGUAUUGCAAUCAAUACUGUAAUGUGAAAGUGGAUAUGUAACACUAAUUAUUGAUUAAAAAGUUAUUGAAAUGUUUACAA